AUGACUGCUUUGACAGCAUACCUGACAGGGUAUGGUUACUAUGGUAUGGCACGAACCCGUGAUCGAGUCUUGUCACCUGACGCUAGCCCAUACUUGACCAUGGCUCAGACGACUGAGAUCGAAGACUCACUGGACCUGUCUUCGCAAACCGAGAUGACGGAUAUCCAAGGCUCCGGCAUGGUGGCAAUGACUUCAUUGGCAAGUCGUCGAUUUGUCAUGUGUUGGGCAUUUCGAUACGUGCAUUGA